AUGGAGCAAAUUUGCAGAGAUGAUGAAUGGAUCGUCGACGAGUCUUCCUUGACAACCGUCUCUUUUCUUGGCCGAGGUAACUUCGGGUGUGUCGUCUCUCUCGAGGAGGACUCCAACUCCAAACUUUGGGCGAAGAAGUCAUCGCCUAUGCAUCUCAAAAACAUUCUCGACAAGGAACUCAGGAUCAUGCAUCGUUUCCGUGAUCAUCCUCGCAUCGUCAACGCCUCAACAACUAUGAACUUACAAACCAAACGCUACGAAUGCUACACGAUCUAUACGGAGUACGCCUCCCAAGGUAAUCUCAAUGAACUGAUAUACGGUUCCCCCAGAAGAUCACAGCCGAUACCUGAGUCUUUGGUCCAACGCGCGGCUCGUAUGAUCCUAGAAGGACUCGUGGCUCUACACUCCCAUGGUUACGUUCACUGCAACCUCAAGCCAUCCAACGUUUUCGUCUUCCCUUCCACUACAACUGGAGAGCCGUGGGAUCUCAAGCUUGCUGGUUUCGGUUCAUCCAAGGAGCCUGAUUCCGAAUAUGAUUCCAUGUCCUUUGGUACGGCGGCUAAGUACCUGCCACCAGAGUCUUUUGCGCCAAACGAAGUGAUCAUCCAUCCGGACCUUGAUAUAUAUGCUUUAGGGUGUGUGGUUUAUGAGAUGUUUGGAGCUAUACCUAUCCCGGAACCAUUCGAUGAAUUUUACGAGUGGAUCUUGCGUGGUCGAGAUAUCUCUUCGGAGGCUAGAGAUUUCUUGAGGCUGUGCCGUGACAUUCAUCCAAGCAGGCCCACCGCGGCUGACCUCUUGAACCAUCCUUUCAUUACAAGAAGACUUGAAUUGCCAACCACUGAAGAGGACAAGGAGAUAUCUAGCUCGUUGCUUCCAAGUGAGCUCUUUUGACCUG